AAGAGAAUUCAAAAUGGACUGAGCCUAGCUAUAAACCAAGCCUUAAGCAAACAGUAAUAAGUAAGCUUCAAGUCCCAUUAACCUUGAAACUAAUUAACCAUCGGUAGCGAGAUUUAUUUUGAAAGGAACCUUGAAAAUCCCCAAAUUCAAUUAUCAGAUCUACCAAGUCCCAUAAAUCUUCCCCCAUCGUCGAUCUUAUCCUUAACGCUACUAAAAACAAAUAGAAGCAAAUUUCAAAUCCUGAGAACCCAUUUUCAUCCAUUUGCUGUGGUCACAAUUCCCCAAAAUGGAUGCUCCACAAGGUGGAUCCGACCGCGACAAAUCCAAUCCUUCCUCUUCUCCUGUUCCCGUCGUCUCCAAUUUCUGGAAAGAAUUUGAUUUGGAAAAGGAGAAAAGUUUGCUUGAUGAACAAGGACUCAGAAUAGCUGAAAAUCAGGAAAACAGCCAGAAAAAUAGGCGGAAGCUUGCUGAGAGUACAAGAGAUUUCAAGAAAGCUUCAGCAGAGGAAAAGUUAAGUUCAUUUAAUUCAUUACUUAAGGGUUACCAAGAAGAAGUUGAUAAUCUUACCAAGAGAGCAAAAUUUGGUGAGAAUGCCUUUCUGAACAUCUACCAAAAGCUUUAUGAGGCUCCUGAUCCUUAUCCUGCUCUUGCUUCAAUUGCUGAGCAAGACCUAAAAGUUUCUGAAUUGGAAUCUGAGAACCGGAAGAUGAAAAUUGAACUUGAAGAGUUCAGAACUGAAGCGAUGCACUUAAAAAAUCAGCAGGCUACAAUAAGAAGACUUGAAGAACGGAAUCGCCAGUUAGAACAACAGAUGGAGGAAAAAGUGAAAGAAAUUGUGGAGAUUAAGCAGCGCAGUUUGGCAGAAGAGAACCAGAAAACACUAGAAGUCUUAAAAGACAGGGAGCAAUCUUUGCAAGAUCAAUUGCGGCAAGCUAAAGAAAGUGUCUCAAACAUGCAAAAAUUGCAUGAACUUGCACAAAGCCAGUUGUUUGAACUUCGUGCUCAGUCAGAGGAAGAUAGGGCAGCAAAGCAAUCCGAGGUCAACCUUUUGAUGGAUGAAGUAGAGCGAGCCCAAACACGGCUUUUUAGUCUGGAGAGGGAGAAGGGGCUUCUACGGUCCCAAUUACAGUCAGCUCAUGAAGAGUCUGAAGACAAGAGAAGCAAUAAUGUAGAUUCAAAUACUAUCCUUGAAAACUCCCUAAGUGCCAAAGAAAAGAUAAUAUCUGAGCUAAAUAUGGAACUUCACAAUAUUGAAACCACCUUAUCUAAUGAGCGAGAACAACACAUGAACGAGAUCAAGAAAUUGAAUUCAUUGCUCAAUGAGAAGGAAGUUGCAAUUGAGGAGAUGAAGAAAGAGCUUCAAGUAAGGCCAACAGCAAAAUUGGUUGAUGAUUUGCGUAAGAAAGUGAAAAUUUUGCAGGCCGUAGGUUAUAAUUCAAUUGAGGCUGAAGAUUGGGAAGCAGCUACCAGUGGGGAAGAGAUGAGUAAAAUGGAGUCUCUUCUUCUUGAUAAAAACAGGAAAAUGGAACAUGAACUCACACAGCUGAAGGUCAAACUUUCUGAGAAAACAUCUUUGCUGGAAACGGCUGAAGGCAAAAUAGUAGAAGUCACAGAAAAGGUUAACGAACAACAAAGGUUGAUACAGAAGUUAGAAGAUGAUAUAUUGAAGGGUUAUAGUUCCAAAGAACGGAAGGGGACUCUUUUUGAUAAUUGGGAUCUUUCCGAAAGUGGAGGGAAUGAACUCUCUGAGAACACAGAUCAGAAACAAGUUUCCUCAGAUCAAGACCAAAGCUCGAUGCUGAAGGUUAUUUGUAACCAGCGUGACCGGUUUAGGGCACGUUUGCGAGAAACAGAAGAAGAAAUAAGGCAAUUGAAGGAGAAGAUAGGCGAGCUAACAGCAGAACUGGAGAAAACAAAAGCUGAUAAUGUUAAACUUUAUGGAAAGAUUCGCUAUGUCCAGGAUUAUAACCAGGAGAAAGUAAUUUCUAGAGGAUCAAAGAAGUAUGCAGAGGAUCUUGAAAGUGGUUUCACCUCAGAUGUUGAAUCCAAGUACAAGAAGAUAUAUGAAGAUGAUAUUAAUCCCUUUGCAGCAUUCUCAAAAAAGGAGAGGGAUCAAAGAUACAAGGAGUUGGGAUUCAGAGACAGAAUCACACUCAGCAGUGGACGUUUUCUAAUGGGCAAUAAGUAUGCUCGAACAUUUGCAUUUUUCUACACAAUUGGUUUGCACAUUCUAGUCUUUACUUGUCUAUACAGAAUGUCAGCCCUAAGCUACCUCAGCAAUGGCUCUGAGGAAGCCCUCGUUGGAGGAAAAACUACGGACCUCCCACGUGGACUUUAAUUUCAUCUACCCAUGCCAUAUCUUCAUUUAUUUUGUUCCUGUGAGAGGAAUGCGUCGUUGAAAUUAUGUACAGAAAUUUCAGACUGUACCAUGUAACAGAAUGAUGUCGUGGUGGAUAUAGUUUAAUAGUCCUCAAUGAAAGGGCUGAUCUUUUCUUUUUUUUUUUUUUCCUCCCUUUUAAUUUCAAAGAAAGCCUAAGCAGCUCUAAUGCAUUUAAGUUGAAAAGUGAAAUGUGGAUUUUUAUCUUUUCUUUUCCUUAUAUCUAAUUUA